CCUCUGCGCUAGCCGUUUGGCCGCUGCCACGCCAUGGAGCCCCUCUCCCUCCACCUCCUGCUCCCGCGCGCCGGGCCUGGGCGCCAUUCGCUUCCCUUCGCCGCCACCGCCGCCGCGCCAUUGAGCUCCAGGAGGCCGAUAGGCGCCAGCGCCGCCGUCCUGGCGCCAGGACGCCGGCGUCGCGGCGCCCGGCUGUCGGUCUACGCCGUGGCUUCCGAGACGCCGCGGGCCGAGGAUGCGCCGUCCUGGGAGGGCGCGUUCGACUGGCUGGACCAGUGGUACCCAUUCGCCCCCGUGUGCGACCUCGUCCCCGGCGCGCCGCACGGAAAGACGGUGCUCGGGCUCGCCGUCGUCGCCUGGUACGACCGCGGCGCCGGCGAGUGGCGCGUGUUCGACGACGCCUGCCCGCACCGCCUCGCGCCGCUCUCCGAGGGCCGCAUCGACGACAAGGACCGCCUCCAGUGUGUGUACCACGGCUGGUGCUUCGACGGCGCCGGCGCCUGCAAGUUCAUCCCCCAGGCGCCCGCGCUCGGCCCUCCCGUGCACACGAACAGCAAGGCGUGCGUGGCGUCGUACCCCUGCGUGGUGCAGAACAACAUCCUGUGGUUCUACCCGAGGGCCGAGCCGGAGUACAAGGACGUGCUGCAGAGGAAGCGGCCGCCAUUGAUCCCAGAGAUUGACGACCCGGAGUUCGUCACCGUCUACGGCAUCAGGGAUCUCCCCUACGGGUACGAUGUUCUGGUGGAAAACCUCAUGGAUCCUGCUCACGUCCCGUAUGCGCACAAGGGGAUAAUGCGCGGCAUCCGCAAGAAGGAAGAUCCAGGAAGAGUUGACUAUGAUAAAGAGGGCGGUGGUCCGAUCAUGAUGAAGAUCGAGCACGCAGACAUACAAGGGUUUCUGUCACCGCAGGAGCGGGGCUACUUUCAGUUCGCUGCACCGUGCACGUUCUUCGGUACACCGUUUCAACCACAAGAGGGCAAGAAGAAGACACCUCGGAUCCUGCUGGUGUUCUUCUGCAUUCCGGUGGCUCCUGGGAAGAGCAGGGUGAUCUGGGCUUUCCCGAGGAACGUUGGGGUCUGGCUGCACAAGAUCACACCACGGUGGCUGUACCAUGUUGGCCAGAAUCUUAUAUUGGAUUCAGACAUUUUUCUCCUCCACGUUGAGGAGCGCAAAUUUGCUGCCGUAGGCCUCGAUAAUUGGCAGAAAGCUUGCUAUGUGCCCACAUCAUCGGACAACAUGGUGAUCGCCUUCAGGAACUGGUUCAGAAAGUUCUGCAAGAAUCGGGUUGGGUGGGCAACCCCACAAGUCGAUCAGCUGCCACCAACCCCUACCAAGGAUCAGCUCAUGGAGAGGUACUGGUCGCACGUGGCGCAGUGCACGAGCUGCAGCGCCGGGCUUAAGGCCAUGAAGGCACUCGAGGUUGCUCUGCAGAUCACGUCGGUCGCGGUCGUCGGAUUCCUCGCCGUCGCGAAGGGAACGCUGGUCACGUCGACUGUUCAGAGGGCCGCGGUCGUGUCCGCGGCCGUGCUGUGCUUCGCCGCGUCGCGCUGGCUAGCGAACUUCAUCCAGAAGAACUUCUACUUCCAAGACUACGUCCACGCUUACAAGUGAUAAUGUUCAGGAAAACCUGACGUUUUUGUUGCUAGGAGUUUGUUGUGUUGAUAGUAAAUGCAAAUUAGAAAUGUGUAGGAAGCACAGAAAAUUAUUUGAUACGGUAGCUGCUGUAUAUAAUCAACACGUUAUUUCAGCGUUGGUUCAAUGGUAAAAAUUACAAAUA